GGUGCUACCCUUGGGGUGGUCUUACCCUCUGCCGGCCCCCCCGCAAGGCCCUACACGCGUGGUGGUGGAACGGGCGCGGCCUGAGGUCUUUCGUCCUCCCGCGGCCGCCAUAGCGACACCCGGAAGUGUCUCCAUGGAGACGGGAGGAGCCCGGGCCGGGCCGGGGCAGUGAUGGAGAAAUACGAACGGAUCCGGGUGGUGGGGAGAGGGGCCUUCGGCAUCGUGCACCUCUGCCUGCGCAAGGCCGACCAGAAGCUGGUGAUCCUGAAGCAGAUCCCGGUGGAGCAGAUGAGCAAGGACGAGCGGCUGGCGGCGCAGAACGAGUGCCAGGUCCUCAAGCUGCUCAGCCACCCCAACGUCAUCGAGUACUACGAGAACUUCUUGGAGGACAAGGCGCUCAUGAUCGCCAUGGAGUACGCCCCAGGGGGCACGCUAGCGGAGUUUAUUCAUAAGCGCUGUAACUCCUUGCUGGAUGAGGAUACCAUCCUGCACUUCUUUGUGCAGAUCCUCCUGGCUCUCCACCAUGUGCACACCAAGCAGAUCCUGCACCGCGACCUGAAGACUCAGAACAUCCUCUUGGACAAACAUCGCAUGAUUGUCAAGAUCGGAGACUUUGGCAUCUCCAAAAUCUUGAGCAGCAAGAGUAAAGCCUACACGGUUGUGGGAACUCCGUGCUACAUCUCCCCAGAGCUCUGUGAAGGGAAGCCUUACAACCAGAAGAGUGAUAUCUGGGCUUUGGGCUGUGUGCUGUACGAACUCGCCAGCCUCAAGAGGGCUUUUGAAGCUGCGAAUCUUCCUGCCUUAGUAUUGAAGAUCAUGAGCGGGACCUUUGCCCCAAUAUCGGAUAGAUACAGCCCUGACCUGCGCCAGCUCAUCCUUAGCAUGCUGAACCUGGAUCCUUCCAAGCGGCCCCAGCUGAAUGAGAUCAUGGCCCAGGCCAUCUGCAUUCGGCCCCUUCUGAACCUCUACACUGACGUGGGCAGUGUCAAAAUGAGAAGGCCUGAAAAACCCUUGGCUCCCGUGCCAACAGUAACCCACAGCCGGACGGGGGGACGAGUGAGCAGUGCCAGGCCAAGAGGUGUUCGAGGUGGUUCAGCCAGGACAGGAAUCCCUCCUCCACUGUCAUCCAUCUACACCUGGGGGAGUGGGAUCACCACCCCCCUCCGCCUGCCCAUGCUUAACACCGAAGUGGUGCAGGUGUCUGCUGGCAGGACGCAGAAGGCCGGGGUCACCAAAUCGGGACGGCUCAUCAUGUGGGAGGCUCCCCCGAUGGGUGCUGCGGGAGGCCCUUCUCUCCCAGGAGCCACCGAGCAGCUCCAGCCUCAGUUUGUGUCCCGCUUUCUGGAGGGCCAGUCUGGCGUGACCAUCAAACACGUGUCCUGCGGUGAUCUCUUCACAGCCUGCCUCACAGACAGGGGGAUAAUCAUGACUUUCGGCAGCGGCAGCAAUGGCUGUUUGGGGCAUGGAAACUUCACGGACGUAAGCCAGCCCAAGAUCGUGGAGGCCCUGCUGGGCUACGAGAUGGUGCAGGUGGCCUGUGGUGCGUCUCACGUCCUAGCGGUUUCCAACGAACGGGAAGUGUUUGCCUGGGGCAGGGGGGAUAAUGGUCGCCUUGGGCUGGGUACCCUGGAGUGCCACAACUCCCCCCAGCAGGUCACAGUCCCGCCGGAGCAUGAGGCCCAGAGGGUCAUCUGCGGCAUCGAUUCCUCCAUGGUCCUCACAGUGAAGAACCAUGUUCUUGCUUGUGGGAGUAACAGGUGUAACAAACUGGGCCUAGAUCGGAUCAGCUCAGCAGAGGAGCCUUCCCCAGAGGACCAGGUGGAAGAGGCCACCGUGUUCAUGUGUGCCCAGUCAGCCCCCUUGAACCAAGAGCCGAUUUUGUGCGCUGACAUUGGUACAGCGCACUCGGCUGCAGUCACAGCUUCUGGCCAGUGUUACACCUUUGGGAGCAACCAGCACGGGCAGCUGGGCACCAACUCCUCCCGCAACAGCCGCGUACCCCACCUGGUUGUGGGGCUCCAGGCAAUGAAGGUCACCGUGGUGGCUUGUGGGGAUGCCUUCACUGUGGCCAUCGGAGCAGACGGCGAGGUGUGCACAUGGGGGAAAGGAGCCAGGGGACGCCUGGGCAGGAAGGAUGAGGAAACGGGAGUGCCAAGGCCGGUGCAGCUGGAGGAGACGCAUCCGUACCUGGUGACCUCCGUAGCCUGCUGCCACGGGAACACACUGCUGGCAGUAAAGCCUGCUGUGGAAGAGUCGCCUUCCCAGUGAGUUUGAGUUGAGAGGUGCCGCAUCCAGCCUCGUCAUAUAGAUGCUGGGGCUCCCCCCAGCCGCUCGGCAUGCCUGUCCUCUCGCUGCUGCCCGCUACAGCCUGGCUCGGACCUGCAUCCCCAGGCUCAGGAGCUCCUCGGCCGCGCUCUGAAGGCAGCGGUCUGGAAACAGGGAGCUCGUAACGAUGGUUCCCACGGAACCGGAGCUGGUCUCAUCAAAUCAACGAGGGUCGCUGUGAACCUCCAGUGCCUGAGAGCUGCUGCCCUGGCCAUGCUGUGGGGCAAACGUCCCCAGAGCUCCGGUGCUGCAUUCAGAGGGUCAGGCUGGGGCUCUGCCCCUCCCUGCUGGAAGUGCCUGUGUAGAAGGGUGAGGAGCACAGAGGUGGUUUUCUCCUGUGGAAAGUGUCUCUGGUUACAAAGCCCAGGCUGACAGCUUGGUGUCUGAGAGAGCUGUCAGCCUUUGCACAGCAGUGUCUGGAGUUAAGGCCCCAGGCGCUACACUGGGUGACUAAGUGCAAACCUCUUUUCUAAUUAGAGAAGUCUGUCCUUUCCCAUCCCCCCCAUAAAACGUUUCACCCGUUUGUUGAGCUGUUCAUCAUGCUUUCAAGGGUCCUGGCCUGCACGGCUGGCCGAACCCGUCGUGAGCAGCCUCUCUGUGUGGCACAGCCUGGCUCGCUCUCCUGAAAUGUUGCCUGGAGCUUUCCAAUUACAGCCUCCCCUGGCCCUGGGAGCUCACUGGAGGAUCCUCCAGCUGACAUUUGUCCUCAGGCCCCUAAAUCCUGCUGCUGACCAGCUCACUGGCUCCCAGCUGAGCUAGCGGAAGGCAGCAAAACACAGCGAGCGAUUGUCAGUAAUUGAAGUUUUUUAACCCAGAUCUCUCCAGGGAGGUGAUGAGUUUUCACCAGGGAUCCUUUCUGCAGGCAGGAGGGGGCAUAUCGCCAUGUCACAGACAGGAGUUACGUUUUUAUCUCCAGAAGGGUCCUUUCCUUUCCUUUUUUUUUUUUCCUCCUCUUUUCUUUUUUUAACUUACAUCUGCCCUGGGCCAUUUUUUGAUGAGCUUCUGUCUCUGAUCUGCCUGACAUUGCAAAUGCUCUUGCCUUUCACAUCCGUCUUUGUGCUGUUGCCAAUCUGUUGUGUAUAAAGUCAGUGCUUUCAUAAGCUGGCUGAGAUGAAAUCUCUCUAA